AUGGGGAGUUUUGGUUCGGUUUACAGAGGCAAACUAACAAAUGGGACGGUUUUGGCUACAAAGGUAUUCAAUCUACAACAAGAAACCGAUUUUAAGAGUUUCGAGACAGAAUGCGAAAUAUUGCGUAAUAUUCAUCACCGGAAUCUCACCAGAGUCAUUAGUAGUUGCUCUAACCUUGAUUUCAAGGCCUUGAUACUCGACUACAUGCCUAAUGGGAGUUUUGAGAAGUUGUUGUAUUCACACAAUUACUUGUUGGAUAUCUUACAGAGAUUAGACAUAAUGAUAGAUGUCGCGUGUGCAUUGAAAUAUCUCCACCAUGACUACUCAACACCUGUGGUUCACUGUGAUCUCAAACAUAGCAAUGUUCUCCUAGAUAAAGAUAUAGUUGCACAUGUGAGUGACUUUGGUAUGGCAAAGUUCUUAGAAGAGGAGGAUAGCAAAGCACUAACCAAAACUCUAGCCACAAUUGGGUAUAUUGCACCAGGUGAAAUUCCGAAAGAAAUUGGUAAUCUUCUUAAUUUGGAGAGAUUAUCAAUGCUAAGUGCUAAUCUCAAUGAUGUUAUUCCAUCUUCCAUAUUUAACAUUAAUUCUUUAAAAGUUAUUCAUCUUCGAGAUAAUAACCUGAGAGGUGUGAUACCACAAGAGGUUGGCAACCUUUAUGAGUUGGAAACCAUAUUUUUAGAAUUUAAUAGCUUAACAGGACUUAUCCGAGUAACAAUGUUCAAUAUCUCAACACUAAAAGAGAUCGGACUCGUUGAGAAACACCUUACAGACAAUCUUUCAUCAAGUAUAGGCCGGACUCUACCCAAUCUUGACUACCUUUUGUAA